UUCUUCAGGUGCUCGUGGGUCAGGUAAGCAUCGAUUGAUAGAGGGCGUGAAAGCAAAAAGCAAUUCAUAAUUCCUGUUUUUUGAUUGUAGCCUUUUGAUACCGUCAAAGUCGUAAGUGCUUUGUUCCGUACCUGAAACCGACCACAGGAACAACGACAAUAACGGCCUCUUUUACUCUAUAGCGUCUUCAAACCCAGUCGACUACCAACCCCAUCUACAAGAACAUGAUGGACUGUGUUCGCAAGACCCGUCAGAAGGAAGGUUUGGCCGGUUUUUACAAGGGUACCACCACGCCACUCGUCGGUAUUGGUGCGUGCGUGUCGAUUCAGUUUGUUGUUCUUGAAUCCAUGAAGCGCCACUUCUCCAAGGGUGGACAAGAUUUGACCAACACUCAGUUCUACCUUGCUGGUGCCGCUAGUGGUUUGGCCAACUCGGUGGUGUCUGGUCCCGUCGAACAUAUCCGUACUCGUCUUCAAGUGCAAACCGGCACUGGAUACAAGGGCCCCAUUGAUUGUAUCAAGCAGAUCUACCGUAGCCACGGUUUGGCCGGUAUCUACAAGGGUCAGGGUAUUACCAUGGCCAGAGAAUUCCAAGGUUACGGUGCCUAUUUCUUUGCUUACGAGUGGCUCGUGAAGAAGUCGAUGGAGCGUGCCGGUAUCACCAAGCGAUCGGAGUUGCCGACCUGGCAAGUGUGUACUUUUGGUGCCGCGGCUGGUUAUGCGAUGUGGUUCACUGUCUAUCCUUUGGAUGCCAUCAAGUCCAAGUUACAGACCGAUGGUUUCGACAAGGCGACUCGCAAGUACUCUUCCGCACUGGACUGUGCUCGUAAGACACUCGCCGUGGAAGGCAUGGGUGGCUUCUUCCGUGGUAUCGGUCCUUGUUUGCUCAGAGCCGCUCCCGUCAAUGCGGCCACUUUUGUUGGUUUCGAAAUGGCUAUGCGUGUGCUUUCUUAGAUUCACCAAGGCACUCAGUUAUGCUUUCCUUUUCCUGUUUUUCUUUCAAAAUGUUCAUAUAAUAGAAAUCUCAAUAAAGACGAUAAUACCACAUGGCGCGGGAUAAGAGCAUUGGCGAUGGUAAAACUGUAAUGUAAUGCACGAAA